GUUUAUUUGAUGUUCAAAGUAACACUGCUUGUUUUCAAGCUUUUUGGCAUUUUUUUUCCUGGCAGAAUCAUAACCUUACAUCGAAGUAUGAUUUUCAUAGUUAUAUGAUUCGAUCCAUGGAAGAAGAGUUUCAAAGAAUAGUUGGUGUCAGUGCACCACUAUGGGGAUUUGUGGUCACCUUUAUGCUGUUUAAUAUCAAAGGAUCUAAUCUCUAUUUCUGGAUUGCAAUAAUUCCAAUUACUGGCUUAUGGAAAAAAACCAUGACAACCAAAUCUGCUUUCCUCUGAAGAAAUUAUGUUGUCACACCUACAAAUAAUUGCACAAGACAUAGAAAACAAGAAGUGUUUAGGUCUUUCAUUUCUGCAUAUCUACCUCCUGACUCUACCAUGUACUGUCAGCUUGUUCUACUGGUUGGCACUAAACUGCAACAUGUCAUAGCAACUUUGGCAUUGGAGAGUGCGGCGAGCUCUUUCCAGGGAACUAAGCUAAAGCCAAGAGAUGAACUGUUUUGGUUCAAGAAGCCAGAAUUACUGCUAUCCUUGAUUCAUUUCGUCCUCUUCCAGAAUGCAUUUGAGCUUGCUUCCUUCUUCUGGUUCUGGUGGCAGUUUGGCUAUAAUUCGUGCUUUAUAUUUAACCACACACUGGUGUAUCUACGGCUAAUAUUAGGGUUCGCCGGACAGUUCCUAUGCAGCUAUAGCACCUUACCGCUCUAUGCACUGGUUACUCAGAUGGGAACAAACUAUAAGGCUGCCCUUAUUCCUCAGAGAAUAAGAGAAACUAUUCAUGGCUGGGGGAAGGCCGUGAGGAGGAAAAGAAAGCAUCACACGGUCGACGAUUCAACAACUGUGCACACUGAUGACAGCAUGGUGUUGUCCAUUGAAGAAGAUCACCGGUUGCUCGACAGCCGUAAAACAUCUGCAGCUAUUAUUGAGUUACAGCAUGUCAGUGUCAAUGCUAAUAAAACAUCCAGUCAUCCUGGUACACCUCUGCUUGGACCCUGUGCUUCCUCUUCUUCUAUUGAAGUUCCACCCAUGUUCCUUCCAGAAGUAAUCACACGAUCCUUUUCGAUGCCUAUAAGAAGAGAAUAACCAGAAAAAGACUAACACCACGAAAUCCAAAAAUUUCUAAGGGAGGUUAUUCGUGUAAUAUGUGUAAUUUUAUAUGUAUCAGAAUGGUGUGUAAAAAGAUAAUACUUUUCAUGUGCAAGAACCGCAUGUAGGUCAUAUACACUAUAGGAGAAUUGAUGGAAAAUCAUUCUCAAGGCAUCACCAUUGAAUCGAGUUGGAAUGGGUUUUACAAAUCAAUGUGAAUUACAAAAUAUAUACACUAAUGAUGG